UCGCCGCCCGUCCGAGCCGAGGUCCUUGAGGCCCCCUAGCGGCCCCCUAGCGGCCCCCAGCAGCAGCAGGAUGCGCGCCCACUGCCUGGUGGCGCUGGUGGCGGUGCUGGCGGUGCUCGGCACCACGAGCGUCGACGCGCUCACCGCCUUCGGCAAGUCCAACAGCCAGGACAACAAGGACAAGACGCCUACAGCCAAGGUGCCAAAGGGGCGGUUGUGCAACUCGGGGGCGGACUGCGAGGGGACGGCCUCCACGACGUGCAUGCUGGACAAGGCGGACGGCAAGAAGCACUGCCUGUGUCGGGACGGCACGGCGCCCGUCAACAGCAAGUGCACCUCCCAGCCGGUCCUCCCCGGAAAGCCGUGCAGCAGCUCGCAGGACUGCAUCCUCAACGCCGAGUGCAUCACGCCGAACGACACCAGCAGAAAGCAGUGCACGUGCAAGGAGGGCUACGAGUACCAGCCCAGCAUAGACGACUCGCUGUGCAGUGGUUGCGCCGCGGCCCUGCCCUGGCUCGUCACGCUCCUCCUCACGCUGUUCGUCCUCGUCUCCACGGACCGGCGGAGCUGUUCAUAGUGGCUCGGCGACCACCGUCACGCCAGACGCCACCGCGGCCAGCAGACUCACUCUGUCUCUCUCGCACCCUCGCGGGACGCCCCAUGAGGGCGAGAGAGACAGAGCGACGAAAGCGGAACCCGGAAUCAGUUUGCGGCGCGCCCUCCCAACGUCGAGCAACACUGACCCAGCGACCAAAAAUGGGUGGCUACCCCCGCCAGAGUCAUCUUUCUCCAUGUCUGUCUUUUUCCUCUGUCAUUUUCACCUUGACCAUUAAUGUGCCCACUUUUAUAAAAUUAUUUCAUCGUGACUUCACUCUUACCCUGUUUUGUCCGUGCCCAUAAAACAUAUAACAGUAAUUUCCAUUUCUUAGACGCUUAGGUGGGAGAAGUCACAACCACUACUGUUCAUUUGCUUUACCGCACCUCAGAAUGUGCACCAGAAGAGUCAUUUGUUAGUCUUAUAGUAGCCAACUGAACCAUCUUUGCUUUAACAACCAGAAUUUAGAUUUGGUGAGUCUUUCUUUUGGGCUUUCUACAUUUGCUGAAUUUCCACUUUUCCAAAUUUCAUUUGUAAAUAUUUGGCACGCAUAGAUAUUUAGUGUUCUGGAAUAAUCAGGCUAAUUUAAUGUGAUGAUCCUUUUUUUUUGCGAUAGUGAUACUUUAACUGCACACACACCUACAGUGAUCACUUUAAAAUUCAAUCAAAAUUAGACGUGUUUUAGGUUUUUUUUCUUCAUGGCUUUUGUUUUGUAAAUGUAAUAUAUCACUAGAUUAUCUUUUUUUAUGUAAAUGAAAGCGAUGGUUUUAUAAUAAAAUGAUGUAUCACUUCUUUAUUAAAAAAGAUA